GCCCGCCCCUCCGCGCGGGCUUGCAGGCGCGGCGCGGCCCCCCGAGCGCGGCCGGAAACGCGGGCUCCCACUUGGGGCGCUCGGGCGCCCGCACCGACGCCGCCUCCAGGAAGCCAAAAAAAAGAGAGAAACGGAAAAGCGAAAAGGGAGAGCGCGGCCAGGGGGAGAAGAGCGGGAGCAGCCGCGCGCGCGCGCGCCCGCCCGCCCGCCCCGGCGUCCCGCGGCCGGCCCCGAGGCGCCCGCAGGCAUCAUGGCCCAGGUCGCGAUGUCCACCCUCCCCGUGGAGAAGGAGGAGCCGUCGGAGAGCAGGAUGGUGGUGACUUUCCUCAUGUCCGCUCUGGAGUCCAUGUGUAAGGAGCUGGCCAAGUCCAAGGCGGAGGUGGCCUGCAUUGCCGUGUACGAGACGGACGUGUUCGUCGUGGGCACCGAGCGGGGACGCGCCUUCGUCAGCGCCAGGACGGACCUGCAGAAGGACUUUGCCCACUACUGCACGGCAGAGGGGCUGCCAGAGACUCUGCCCGCUGAGGAGAAGCCCAUGGACGCAGGGGAAAGGGACGCUCUCCAGAAGGCCGUGGAGGACCACUUCCGCUCCAGCUACGGGCGAGCCUUGGGGGUGCUGGCACCUGUGCCCGUCCCCUACGAGCAGGCGCUGGGAGAAGGCGCGGCCCUGACGGUGCAGGGGCUCCCCCCAGCAGUCACCUUGCAGCCCCCCAAGAACUACGACCUGGAGACGCUUCGGUGGAUCGUGGAGAACAAAGCCGGCAUUUCCAUCGUCAUCAACAGAUCUUUCCUGGGCCCCGGCACUCGGCUGGAUUGUUCCAGAAUGGAGUCAGGCACCUGCCUACCUCAAAGCUCCAAUGACCCCGAUGGGGGGUCAGCGCCCCAGAGCUCCGUGGCAUCACCCCGAGAGAGCUGCGGCUCCAUCAACGUGAAAACGGAGCCCAUGGAAGAUUCCGGCUUGUCUCUGAAAGCAGCAGCCAUGUCGGUCAAGAAAGAGUCAGAAGAGCCCAAUUACUACCAAUACGAUACGGCAGGCGGUCAGCGCUCUCCCUGCCACGGUGAAGCCCCGGACGUGGACCUGCCCAUGGAAGAUUCCUCUCAGCAUGGCCCAUCUGAAUCGAGUGAGGACCUGGAAGCUGAGGUGAAAACUGAAGGAAACACCAGUUCCGCCAACAGUGCAACUUCUGCAGCAGGGGUUGAGGAUCUUAACAUCGUCCAGGUAACAGUUCCAGAUAAUGAAAAGGAAAGAUUGUCAAGCAUCGAGAAAAUAAAACAACUAAGAGAACAAGUCAAUGACCUCUUUAGCCGGAAAUUUGGCGAGGCCAUCGGCGUGGACUUCCCGGUGAAGGUGCCCUACCGGAAGAUCACCUUCAACCCUGGCUGCGUGGUCAUCGAUGGCAUGCCCCCCGGCGUGGUCUUCAAAGCCCCCGGGUACCUGGAGAUCAGCUCCAUGAGAAGGAUCCUGGACGCGGCCGAGUUUAUCAAGUUCACGGUCCUCCGACCACUGCCAGGCCUGGAGCUCAGCAACGUGGGCAAACGCAAGAUCGACCAGGAGGGCCGCGUCUUUCAGGAGAAGUGGGAGCGGGCGUACUUCUUCGUGGAGGUGCAGAACAUCCCCACGUGCCUGAUCUGCAAGCAGAGCAUGUCGGUGUCCAAGGAGUACAACCUGCGGCGCCACUACCAGACCAACCACAGCAAGCACUACGACCAGUACACGGAGCAGAUGCGGGACGAGAAGCUGCAGGAGCUCAAGAAGGGGCUUCGCAAGUACCUGCUCGGCAACGAGGACAUGAUGUGCCCCGAGCACCGCCGGGAGCUUGCCCAGGCCCACGCUGCCGAGGAGGCCGGCGUGUUACCGCCGCCGCCGCCGCCGCCGCCUCCACCCCCAGAGGACGUGGCCGGGAACCUGUGGGAGAAGCUGCGGGAGAAGAUCCGGUCUCUGGUGGCCUACUCCAUCGCCAUCGACGAGAUCACGGACAUCAACAACACCGCCCAGCUGGCCAUCUUCAUCCGCGGCGUGGACGACAACUUUGAGGUCUCGGAGGAGCUCCUGGACACGGUGCCCAUGACGGGCGCCAGGUCCGGCCACGAGACCUUCCUGCGGGUGGAGAAGAGCCUGAAGAAGUUCCACAUCGACUGGGCCAAGCUGGUGAGCGUGGCCUCCACGGGCACCCCGGCCAUGCUGGACCCCAGCGACGGGCUCGUCACCAAGCUCCGCGGCAAGGUGGCCGCCGCCUGCAAGGGCUCCGACCUGAAGUCCGUGGGCUGCAUCAUCCACACGGAGGCCCUGUGCGCCCAGAAGCUGAAGAUGGAACACGUCAUGAGCGUGGUGCUGAGCGCCGUCAACUGGCUCUGCUCGCGGGGCCUGAACCACAGCGGGUUCACCACGCUGCUCUACGAGCUGGACAGCCAGUACGGCAGCCUGCUCUACUACACCGAGCUCAAGUGGCUCGGCCGGGGGCUGGUACUGCGACGCUUCUUCGAGUCCCUGGAGGAGAUCGACGCCUUCAUGUCAUCCCGGGGCAGGCCCGUGCCGCAGCUGAGCUCCCCGGACUGGAUCCGCGACCUGGCCUUCCUGGUGGACAUGACCACGCACCUGAACACGCUGACCCUGUCCCUGCAGGGCCACUCGCAGCUGGUCACGCAGAUGCACGACCUGCUCCGCGCCUUCCUGACCAAGCUGGCCCUCUGGGAAGCUCACCUGGCCCGGAACAACCUGGCCCACUUCCCCACGCUCAAGUCGGUGUCCCGGAGCGAGAGCGACAGCCUGAACUACAUCCCCCGGCUGGCCGACCUCAAGGCCGAGUUCCAGCGGCGGCUGGGCGACUUCCAGCGCUACGAGGCGGAGCUGAGCCUCUUCAGCGCCCCCUUCUCCGCCACGGUGGAGCGCGUGCAGGAGGCCCUGCAGAUGGAGGUGAUCGACCUGCAGUGCAACACGGUCCUCAAGGCCAAGUUCGAGCAGGUGGGCAUCCCCGAGUUCUACCGGCACCUGUGCGGCAGUUACCCCCGGUACCGGCAGCACUGCGCCAACAUCCUGUCCAUGUUCGGCAGCACCUACAUCUGCGAGCAGCUCUUCUCCAUCAUGAAGCUGAGCAAGACCAAGUUCGGCUCGCAGCUGAAGGAGGCGCCGUGGGAGUCGGUGCUCCACGUGGCCACCUGA